AUGAACAAUCUGACUGUGCUGUCCAGCGGAGCGCGGAGCAACCUGCACUUCCUGGAGGAGCUGCGUUCUGGCGGGAAACGAUCUGUCAUUCAUCCCCAGAGGAGCGUCACCGGCCUCUACAACCUCAAAGAUGCUUCCAGAACCAACCAGCUGAUGUCUGUUCCUGUGGAGGCCUUCGCCAAGCUGCACACCCUGCAGUCACUCCGCCUGGACGCCAAUCAAAUCUCCAGCGUUCCCAUUGGCUGUUUCUCCGGCCUGCGCUCGCUGCGUCACCUGUGGUUGGACGAUAACUCCCUGACGGAGGUGCCGGCGGAGGCCCUGAGCGAGCUGCCCGCCCUGCAGGCCAUGACGCUCGCCCUCAACCACAUCAGCCACGUCCCAGAUCACGCAUUCAGCAAACUGGGCCGCCUGGUGGUGCUGCAUCUCAACAACAAUAGGAUCGUUUCCAUGGGAACAAACUGCUUCCACGGACUCCACAGUUUGGAGACGCUGGAUUUGAACUACAACAGUCUGGUGGAGUUUCCGACGGCCGUGCGCUCGCUCAGCCACCUGAAGGAACUUGGUUUUCACAGUAACAACAUCCAGUCGAUCCCGGAGCACGCCUUCACUGGGACGCCCUCUCUCAUCACCAUAUUCUUCUACGACAACCCGAUCCAGUCAGUCGGACGAUCGGCCUUCCAGCACCUUCCAGAGCUGCGGACACUCUCUCUGAACGGAGCUGCAGAUCUCACCGAGUUCCCAGAUCUGACGGGAACCAAGAGCCUGGAGAGCCUGACUAUCACAGGAGCCCGGAUCACCUCUCUGCCCAGUUCAGUGUGUGAGCAGCUUCCAAACCUUCAGCUGCUGGAUCUCUCCUAUAAUCAGAUCCAGACUCUUCCCAGCUUCUCCGGCUGCGAGAGCGUCCAGAAGAUUGAUCUGCACCAUAACGAGAUCGAGGAGCUGGAGGAGAACACCUUCCACGGUCUGAUGUCACUCCGCGCUCUAGAUUUGUCGUGGAACAGAUUGUCCUCGGUGAAGCCGAACUGUUUCUCAGCUCUGCCGGCUCUCACCAAACUUGACCUGUCGUCCAAUCAGCUGUCGUCUCUGCCUCUGAUUGGUCUGCAGAGUUUAACUCACCUGCGAUUGGCUGGAAACACAAAGCUGAUGCAGUUACUACCACGAGAGGACCUGCCCCGUGUCAGGGUGAUGGAGCUUCCUUACGCCUUCCAGUGCUGUGCCUUCGUCUCCUGUGAGAGGAGAGGAGGAGGAGGAGGAGGAGGAGGAGGAGGAGGAGGAGGAGCAUCCUGGGAGAGAGAGGAGGCAGCAGAAACCUCCGUCCUCUCCAGCCAAGCAGAUCAGGACUGGGAGGACUUUCUGAUGGAGUUUGAUGAUGAACCUAAACUUCAACACUCUGUCCACUGCAGCCCUGCACCAGGCCCGUUCCGGCCGUGUCUCCAUCUGCUCGGCAGCUGGUUGAUCCGUGGGGGGGUGUGGCUCAUCGCAGCUCUCUCAUUGGUCAGCAACAGCCUGGUCGUCCUGUCAGUCUUCUUCUCCCCCGGCGCCUCCCUGACUCCACCCAAACUGCUGAUUGGUCUGCUGGCCCUGGUGAACGGCCUGAUGGGAGUGUGGAGCGGGUGGCUGGCGGCGGUGGACGCCUGGACGUUUGGCAGCUUCUGGAGGUACGGGGCGCGGUGGGAGAGCAGCUUCCUGUGUCGCCUCAGCGGCUUCCUGUGUGUGUUUGCGUCGCAGACCGGCCUCUUCCUGCUCACCGUCGCAGCUCUGGAGCGAUGCCUGGCCGCCGCCGCACGCCGCCACAAACCUGACGGACACGGUGGUCACUCUUCGUCUCCGCUCUCCGUCCGUCUGGCGGUCUGUCUGUGCUUCCUGUUGGGCCUGGCCGUCACGCUGCCCCCCCUGGUGGCCGGACACAGCAGCACCUCCCUCUGUCUGCCGCUGCCUUCCUCCUCCUCCCCCUCCUCCUCCUCCUCCCUGGCCUUCUCCGUCUCCCUGGUGCUCCUCGACUCGCUGUGCUUCCUCCUCAUGACGCUCGCUUACACUCGCCUCUACUGUCGGGCCAACAAAGCUCCGCCCGCCGCUGAGGAGGAGGUGAUGCUGACUCGACAUGUAGCCUGGCUGCUCUUCUCCGACUGCCUCCUCUACCUCCCCGUCGCCUUCCUCUCCUUCUCCUCUCUGCUGCGCCUCUCCGCCGCUGGGCCGGAGGCGGCGAAGGCGGUGCUGCUGCUCGUGGCGCCGCUGCCGGCCUGCGUCAACCCGCUGCUCUACAUCCUCUUCAACCCGCUCGCUCGGCAGGAGCUGGCAGCGCUGGCUAAACGCACCUGCGGGGCAGCGGCGGUGCCCAGACUCUGCAGAGGAGGAGGAGGAGGAAGGUCGAAGCCGGUCACUAUGGAUACGACGUACGACGAGGAUGCGGAGAAACAGUCUUGUGACUCCACGCAGGCGCUGGUGGCAGUUGGAGGCACGAAGGGGGAAGAGGAGGAAACAGGAAGGAGCGAAACACAUUCAGUGUUUGUUGUUCCUCAUCAAUAGACUAAAACACACACACACACACACACACACACACACACACACACACACACACACACACACACACACACACACAGGUCCUGGUUACGUUUCAUCUCUGACCCUGUUUCAUGAAGAGUUCCUGUUUUAAAAUCUAGUUUUCAGACGAUGAAGACUUUUGGCAGGCGAGUGAAAGACCGGCACACUUUCCUCUUUACGUUCAGUACGUCCUGCAGCUGAUCCAACACGUUUACAAACAACCUCCUGCUCUUACAUCCCCAGUGCAAAGGAUUGUGGGUCUGAGAAGCCUGCUGGUGUGUGUUCUGGACAGACUCAGUAUUUUCCUAGUGCAGGUGUUGGAAUGCAGCGUAUGUCCACUCCGCUUGACCUCGAUGGAAAACGUCAUGAGGUCAGAGAAAGAAUCCAUGAGGACUUUAGAGGAUCCAGUAUACAACGUUGUUCACGUGGGUCGCUUUAAAUGUUGCUGCCGCAAGGAAUUGUGGGACAUAACGGAUGGUGGAGUGCUAUGACCCGUUCCUCUGCUCUGCACUUAAUAUGUAACUUCACUUCGUUAGAAACCUUCAGAAGAGGAAAACACUUCGACCACAGCCAAAGACUUUGGACACACACACACACACACAUACACACACACACACACACACACACACACACACACACACACACACACACACACACACACACACACUGCAGACUGAUGGGACUGUGGUGUAGCAGAGACCAGAACAGUCGAAAAAUCGUUCAAACGUUGAUGAUAGAAAUAAAUGUAAAGAAGAAGAAGAACUUUGUUCUGUCUGGGACUUUCACAUUAUUCACUUUCUUAUUAGUCAAUUCAAGGCAUCUUGCCAGAACACACACACACACACACACACACACACACACACACACAUAAUGAAUAGUCAACAGCUUUUACUUUGAAAUACGAGACGAUUUACAGCAUUGUGUUACCAAAUGUUCUACCAAAUGCUGUUGAGCAUUAUGUCUUUCUGUGUGUGUGUGUGUGUGUGUGUGUGUGUGUGUGUGUGUGUGUGUGUGUGUCCGUCUACAGCUAAUGUGUUUUUGCGAGUGUGUGUGAAAGCUGCAGCGUCUGUGUGAGUUACGUCAGUCGAUCCCCCGAAAACAGAAAUCAGAAGACGAACAGAUUAAAGAGCUGAAACUGAAGAAGUUCAUGUUCAGCAGCUGAAAGACGUUCAGAGAAAUAAAAACUAUCAAACUGUUGAUUUUUCGUUUCAAGGACACUAAACCAGCAGGAGAUUAAACUUACAAUUAAUAAAAGUAUUUCCUGUCUGAUAUCACUCUUUAAAUGUUUGUUGAACAGGAACUGAUCGCGCAGCACCGAACGUACGAUGCAAAAUACAGACUCUUUAUUCUUGUGCUGCAGCGCUGCAGAUAACGUCGGCAUCGACCGUCCAUACAGCCAAACACGCUGAGGAACAGUUCUGUUGUUUGUUGACCAAAGAAAGAGACGGAAACACAAUAACAGCAAAUUCAGGUUCAGCUGUGUGUGUGUGUGUGUGUGUGUGUGUGUGUACAGUAAAUGUGUGUACAUAUUGUAAAUACGAGCUACUGUGACAAUCCUAUCUUCCUGUUCUGUAGACUGAGAUGUCUUUGCUGACAUGUUGUUUGUAUAUUUACACUUUGGAUUAAAUCCAUCCCGUCGUAACUGCUUCACAGAUUGCGGCGCCAAAUGUGAAAACUGCAGAAUCCCCAGUAGAAGAAGAAGUGUCUUGAAUUCGUCGUUAAUGUUUCUACACUUGUCUUUUGUAUAAAGUAUCUCUCCGAUCCGUCGAACGCGCACGAAGCGAGAAAUGUUGAAUAAUUGUUUUUGUUACAAACUGAACAUUUAAAAGUUUUAAUCCUGCGUGAGAUAAUAAUACUAAUAAUCCUUCAUGUUGCACGAACUGCGUGAGCGUUUAACACCCGAGUUUAAAAAGUAGUAAAGAAAUGUAACUCAAGGUCCACUUACUAGCUUUCUGCCACGUCAUGGUUUUCCUCAGUUUUGCGUCGGAACACGUGAAUAAGAAAAACACUUCGUGAUAACAACCGAACAAACUCCAUCAACUGACGUGCGAUGUGGUCGAAAGCUCCCGGAAAAGUCAAUAAUCGGACCUUUAGAUACGAUCUUUAUUUUAACGUCCAAUAUUCUUUAGAAGAAAACAAACUUGUGUGUUUGUAUUUUUAAAACUUUGUGUUUAUUGUGUUGCAUUUUUUAUUCCAUGUAGUUGAACAUUCAAACAAUUAAAUGGUUUUCAAGAAUAAAUAAGAAGAAGUUCUACAAUAAUAAAUAAACAAACAAAUCUACAUCAACCGAGUUGACGUAGCUCUGGUGCGACAAGACCACCCGACAAACGUGUCCAUUAACACAAUAAUACAAAUAAUAAACUUUAUUUAGAAAGCGAUAUUUCCACAUUUAAAACACAAAGACAAUGAACUAAACACAUAAAACAAACAAAAUGUAGUGAAACAAAUAAAAUAACUGAAGGGUUUUGUGAAGUGAGUUCGACAUCGUACUCUGCGCACGAAGAAGGUCACGUGAGAAAAAGAUUUGUAAACACAGACGUAACAUUUAUCUGGAAACGACUAAAACAACUUGUAAUUGUAAGAGUCUCAAAAUGUUCACAUUCGUACUUUAACUUAUUGAUCGUACGGAGAGCAAAUCUAUCGUACAAAUACAAUAAUUAUCGUACAUCUGGCAACGCCAGCCGAUAGCUGUAAGAAACAUAUUUUUUAAAAGCACAAACUGUUUGAAUGUCCGUGUGACGGUUUAACUGCUGCUCUUUCAAUUCUCAGCACUUAGAAAUGUUUCAGAAAUAAGAAGUUCGUACGCUUUGUGAAAAUCAAACGUCCGCCUGUCGUCUGUUUUCUCUUCCUGUUGUAAACUUGUGUAAAAUAUUUGAAUGUUUUGAGUUGUUUUAGUUUAUAAAAGUCAAGAGUGAAGUUUUAGUUUGUGACGUGUAUACGUAUAUAUGUAUGUAUAUAUACAUAUAAAACAACAACGUGGCUGUAAACGCUC